AUGUCUGUCAAGGAAAUCAGGGAAGCCUUGCCUAAGGACUACCACCUCUCCGAGAAGCUCGAAGGCGAGGCGCAGAAACAUCACCAGGGUCGCGGUGGUGCUAGUCGUGACAUCGAGGAGCUCUGCGCGUUGCCGCUCGGUUCGCGGAAUGAUCCCGCCAUGCGCACGAUGCAGACCACAUCGCGGCUACCGCGCCUGAGACAUUCGCUGUCGCGCACAUUCCGAGGUCACAUUGCCGACGAAGAUGCAGCUGAAGGAGAUGGGAGCAGAUGUGUGGCGUGUCCCCUGUCCGGCCUGUCUGGGCUCUGGAGCCACACGCCAUCAGGCUCAAUCUCAAAGAAGGCGGCGUGGACAGUUGGAUUGGGUGAUUAUCAUGUCACCGCGUCCUAUUAG